AUGAAGCAGGAGCUGGUACCUGCAUUGAUGGACAUCGACGCGCGAAUCGCUGUCAAGGACGGUAAUGUGGAGAAGAAGCCGCAUGGUCAUGGCGACGUGCACGCACUGCUCCACCAGCACGGCUUGCCCGCCAAGUGGGCCAAAGAAGGCAGAGAGUGGCUUCUGCUGUUUCAAGACACGAACCCACUGCCCUUCCGCAGCCUUUGCGCGAUUUUGGGCGUGUCUGUUAGCCGCGGCUUCGCGAUGAACUCCGUCGCAGUUCCGCGCCUUCCUGGCGAAGCAGUGGGCGGCAUUUGUCAGCUGAAAGGCGCCUCGGGUGAUGACCUGACCAUCAACGUCGAAUACAACCAGCUGGAUCCACUUUUGAAGGACACUCCGGCUGGUGGGGAUGUGGCAGAUGCGAGCGGCUUCUCUCCCUACCCCGGCAACAUCAAUGUCCUAGUCUUCCACGUUGGCACAAUGGCGCAGCGGCUCGCCACGACUGGGGGAAUCGUUCCGGAGUUCGUGAACCCAAAGUGGGCAGAUGCAGAGAAGAGCAAGUUUAAGUCACCGACUCGCCUCGAGUGCAUGAUGCAGGACUUCCCGCGGCUUUGCACAAAGGCUCGCUGCGGGAAGAGUUGGAGAUGUAAGGCUGCAAGGUAUUCUGGCAGUCCACGAAUUGUUGGCAGAUACUUGUAG